UCGGCCUCGCUCGCCGCGGCCGCGACCGCCGGAGUCGGCGCGCGGCAGGGGCAGCCUUCUCCACGGAGAGCCCCGCUGUCAGCUGCCCCAGAGGAAGAUGCUGCGUGGACGUGGCAGGCCUGGCAUGGCCGUGCACGUGGGCGCAGCCCUGGGCGUGCUGUGGUUCUGCCUCACAGGAGCCGUGGAGGUCCAGGUCCCUGAAGACCCGGUGGUGGCCCUGGUGGGCACGGACGCCACCUUGCGCUGCUCCUUCUCCCCCGAGCCCGGCUUCAGCCUGGCGCAGCUCAACCUCAUCUGGCAGCUGACGGACACCAAACAGCUGGUGCACAGCUUCGCCGAGGGCCGGGACCAGGGCAGCGCCUACGCGAACCGCACGGCGCUCUUCCCGGACCUGCUGGCUCAGGGCAACGCGUCCCUGCGGCUGCAGCGCGUGCGCGUGGCGGACGAGGGCAGCUUCACCUGCUUUGUGAGCAUCCGGGACUUCGGCAGUGCUGCGGUCAGCCUGCAGGUGGCCGCCCCCUACUCGAAGCCCAGCAUGACCCUGGAGCCCAACAAGGACCUGCGGCCUGGGGACAUGGUGGCCAUCACGUGCUCCAGCUACCGGGGCUACCCCGAGGCCGAGGUGUUCUGGCAGGAUGGGCAGGGCGCGCCCUUGACCAGCAACGUGACCACGUCGCAGAUGGCCAACGAGCAGGGCUUGUUCGACGUGCACAGCGUCCUGAGGGUGGUGCUGGGCGCUAAUGGCACCUACAGCUGCCUGGUGCGCAACCCGGUGCUGCAGCAGGACGCGCAUGGCUCCGUCACCAUCACAGGGCAGCCCAUGACAUUCCCCCCUGAGGCCCUGUGGGUGACCGUGGGGCUGUCCAUCUGUCUCGUCGCACUGCUGGUGGCCCUGGCCUUCGUGUGCUGGAGAAAGAUCAAACAGAGCUGCGAGGAGGAGAAUGCAGGAGCUGAGGACCAGGAUGUAGAGGGAGAAGGAUCCAAGACAGCCCUGCAGCCUCUGAAACACUCCGAAAGCAAAGAAGAGGACGGACAAGAAAUAGCCUGACCACCAGGACCAGGGAGCUGCUGCCCCCGCCCUGGGACUCCCAUCCUCUGGCUGCACUGGGGCCCAGUGUGAGCCUUGCCCCCAGCAGAUGGGUUCCCCUCUGGCAGGUGUGCUCGUUCUCCAAAGGAUGUGACACCCAGGCCACCCUGCAGCCUUACUUCUCAAUGGACGCGAUUCCCAAGUCAUCCUGCUGCCUUCUUUCUUAGGGACACAGCACACAGACCACCCCCCACCUUAUUUCUCCAAGCCGCCCUGCCUGCUGCCUUAUUUCUCCAGUGACACACUACAUACACCAUCCUGCUGCCUUAUUCUUAGGGACACAGUGCACAGACCCACGGACCACACGACCACCCUAUUCCUCCAAUGCCACACGGGCCAUCUGACUGCCUUUUUCCCCCAAAGGGCGCAAUAUUCAGACUGACCCCUGCCUUAUUUCUCCAAGGACACGAUGCACAGUCGCCCCUUGCUGUGUUGCCAGUGGCCCCGAUACACUGGGUGUGGUUGCUCGGCCCUGUCCCCAACCCCUGCACAGAGUCCCAUCUGCCCCGGCAGGGCACGAAGCCUCGGCAUCUCCUAGAGCCCUGUGGCUGUCUCUUCGUCCUGUCUCCUCCCGCUCUGGCCCCAAAGUUGGCCUUUUCCCUCCCCACCAAGUCAAGACAAGGCCUCUCCCCUGCCACACACAGGUGUGCAGAGACGCACAGGUGCACGUGCUGGAACACGGAACGCAUGUGGUCUUCCCCUGGCCCAGUCUCCUGCGCGGUGCCUCGGGCUGUGCCCUGCGAGGCCUUCUUCUCUGCCUGGCCUCCCCACGGGAAGCGUGUGCUGGUCACACUGGUUCUCUGGGGGUCUUCAGUGGAUCCCCUGGGGGUUAGCUUCUGUCCCUCUGCUUUUCCUGCUGUUGGAGCCUUUGUUUCUUCCUUUUGGUUUAUCCAUUUAAUUAACAUGUAUCGAGCAAGCACAGGGUGUCAGCACUGUGCCAGGCGGUGGGGGCCCCUCCCUCGAGCGUCUGCCCCUGCAGCUGGGCAGCAGCUUCACCGCCUGCAGUUCACGGGCAGCUCCUGCUUUGCUCCCUGCUGUGCCCACAGCCUCCUGGAUACCUCACCCCCCUCCCACCCCUGGUUCUUACCCAGAGCACAGGGUGGGGGCAGAAACCUAGAGGGAGGAACACAGCCCCUUGCCACAAGUAGGGCAUCUGGUGGGUUCCAAAGUGUCUUUCCAGGUGUGAGCAGGUGGCCAAGGCCCUCCACACCUUGCAUAGCAGCAGCGUGGGCGAAGCCUGGGGCCUCUCGGAGCCUGGGGUGGGGCAGGGCCAGCAGGGCUUCCAGGACACAGAGGGGACUCCCCCCCACUCUCACCACGGUGCUAUUCUGGGGCCAGGGCAGACACCUCCUGGCUUGCCUCCGGCCGGCCCCCAGCCUCCAGUAGAGCAGAACUUGUGAUGUUCCGUCGCCUUCUGGAUGGCAUCUCUCCCUACCCAGCAGUGGAAGAUGUGAGGAUUUCUAAUUUAAAUGUGGGACUCCGAGGAGUUUUAUAAACUGGGGAUGUAUUUUGGGAAAAAUAAAUGUCUUUGUAAAAA